CUCUAGGGAUCUUCAGUUCCAAUCAACUAAAAUAAUCAGCGCAAAUUGGGGAGGAUUCAGAACAACUCUUGGCAUCGGGAAAUAUGAAGUGGCAGUUCACAACAUGAACUAUACCCUGCAGCCUUUAACUAACGUCAACCUUGCAGCAUCUUUUAGUAAAACCUUUACUGCGAUCACAGACGGUAGUAAAAUCACUUUAAAAGUAAGGGCAUUCACAAAAGCCGGGCUGUAUUCAGAAGUUUCCAGCAAUGGUGUCACGAUCGAUACCUCCAGACCUACUUUAGGAAAUGUCUCAGACGGAUACUCGAAUGAUCUCAAAUAUGCUAACUGGACUACGACCUACAAUGCAAGCUGGACACCAUUCACUGAUGCUCACACACCCAUCGUUCAAUACAGGUUAGGUGUGAAGGAAAAAGAUGGUGGGUUUGUUGGAUCAGGAUUAAUCGCGGUAGGGCAAAAACAUACUGGUAGCAUAUCUGGCUUAACACUAACCUCUGAAAAAGAAUACUGCGCCGUUGUUGAAGGGGUGAAUGCUGCGGGACUAAGUUCCCAGGCCAUUUCAGAUUGCCUUCUUAUAGACCACGAUGCCCCGCAACCAGGCACAGUUAACGAUGGAGUCUCGGGGGAUAUCGACUACCAAUCGGGAGAAAACGUAUUCCACGCAAAUUGGAAUGGAUUCAGGGACGGUGAAAAGGGAAGUGGAAUUGCAGAAUAUAAAUACAAGUUUACUAAUAAAAAUGACGGGCGAAUUGUUACACAGUGGUCGUCUUCUGGUCUUCAAACGGAGACUACCAUUACUGGAUUGAACCUUGUAAAUGGCAACACGUAUUAUAUCACAGUACGGGCUGUUGAUGAAGUUGGAAACUAUGUGGAGAUAAAUUCAGACGGUGUCUUUAUCGACACGAGUCACCCAGUUUAUACAGGAAAUCUGACUGUUCAGGGUCAGACAGCGAUAAAGAAUGGAGAAAUGGUUGUUUAUAUCAGAAGCAACGAGUCAGUGACAGUCUCCUGGCCUCAGUUUCUAGACGAACAUAGCGGAAUGCUGAAGUAUCAGUGGUCAAUUGUCGAGAGAAAUAAGAAGACAGCUGUAUUGUGGAAGGAUGUCCCUGGAGUUAAAUUGGAUACAACAACUACUUUAAGUUCGCUGUCCUUAAAAAACAACAAAGAAUAUCAACUUACAAUACGUGGAAUAAACAACGCCGGCCUUCAUGCUGACAUAAAAUCGCCCAUUAUCAUCCCCUUAAGUCAAACCGACCUCGGUACGGUCUCGGAUGGCAAAGACCCGACGAUUGACAUCGAUUACCAAACGAACACCUCCGAAGUCCACGCGACGUGGAAAGGCUUUGAAACGCCCAGCGUCAAGGUUCGCGCAUACUUUUACGCAAUCGGCAGCUGCAUACAAGGAAAUUAUCACGUGACCAAUAACCAGUUUAUACCGGUUAGUCCAGCUACUGCUACCUCACUGAAGAUUCAAGGAUUGAACCUGAUCAACGGUCAAAGGUAUUGUGUGAAAAUUAAAGCGGAAAAUCUGGCUGGCGUUCAAACCGAGGCUGUUUCUUCAGACGGAUUUAUCGUGGAUGUAACCCCCCCUGAUGUAACACGGGCGAUGGUAUUGGACGGUAGCGGAGAUGAUGACAUCGAUUACCAAUUCAGCAGGGGGGAAUUGUCUGCGACGUGGAAAGGAAUCCGAGACUAUGACUCAGGCAUACACCAUUUCGAAGUAGCGGUUAGCCGGAAUCGAGCUGGGGUACCAGAUGUGACGUCAUUCAAAGACGUAGAUCGCAAUAUGUCGGCAAAAUUAACUGGACUAAGUCUGAAUAAUGACGUGUAUUACAUAAUAGUUUGCACAAUAAAUAAUGCAGGAUUGAAGUCAUGUCUCGCCUCCGACGGUGUCCUCAUUGAUCCAACUCCAUCAACGUCUGGUGUAGUGUAUGAUGGCAUAAUUGAACCGGAUGUUCGCUAUCAGUCUUCGACCACGAAAAUAAGCGCGAACUGGGAACGAAUUUGGGAUUUGGAGAGCAGAGUAGCGGGAUUCAAAUGGAGGGUUGAAAAAAAAGAUAGAAAACCUGUUACCGAUUUUGUUGAUGUUGGACUUCAAACUCACGUUACCAAAAAGUUGUCUCUAAAACAUGGACAAAACUACACGGUGGUGUUGCGUGUAUAUAACAGAGCCGGGAUUAUGCGGGAAUUGAAAUCAAAUGGUGUAACUAUUGACACGACUCCCCCCGUACCGAGUGCCAUUACUAUGGGAUCUGAUUGGCGUUUCAACGAAGAGACUGGGACUUACUAUUCAUCCUCAUCUUCUGAGGUAUCCGUGAAUUGGGAGGAUUUCAAAGAACGCGAAAGUGAAAUAUGGUACUAUAAGUGGUCAAUAGGAACAUCAAAAUGUGGCUCCCAGAUUCAACCGCUUGUCAAUAUCGGUUCGUCCACGCGUGCAAACACGACUAAAAGUGAGGCCAACUUCCGGCCAGGAGUUCCUUAUUAUGUGACAGUCGUUGCGCGAAACCGUGGAGACCUCGUAUCACGUGCUUGCUCGUCACCACUUCUCUUCGACUACACGCCACCUAGUCCCGGUAGUAUCCGGAUAACCUCGCGUACUGGGGUCGAGAAAAGCUAUUUCAGUUCUACCGAAGAACCACACGUUAGCUGGAUAUAUUUUGAAGACUUAGAAAGUGGUAUAGAUAAAUAUGAAAUAUCUGUUUUACAAUUGAAUACGUCUAUGGGAAAUUACGCUCUGAAUUCUAGCACAGCAAUGGCCAACAUUUCACUCGGUAUUUUGGCACCAGGAGCAGGAUAUUCAGUAGUCUUCAAAGUCAUUAAUUAUGCAGGACUCGAAACUUCAGUUCAUUCAAAAGCGUUCAUUAUCGAUGACACUCCGCCAUAUUACACUGGCCGCGCACUGAGACGACGUUUUCAGUCUAAUCUCGCCUCAGUUAAGGUAGCAUGGGAACGCUUUUUGGACGAUGAAAGCCCCAUAGAAUUUUACGAAAUCGGUCUGGGAACACAGGCACUUAAAGACGACGUUUAUGAAUUUACAAGAAUUGGUUUGCGCACUGAUAUUAAGAUUACCGGGUUGGAUCUUAAACAUGAUUCAACAUAUUUUAUCACUGUAAGGGCUCACAAUGCAGCCGGACUCGUCAGAUCACUCCUUUUAGAGGAAAUAAAGAUUGAUAGAACCCCGCCGACUGAGAAAGACGGUAGUGUAAAAGAUGGUCUUUUUGGAUAUGAUAUCGAUUUUAUAUCUCUGAAUGACUCGGUUUCGGCAACUUGGGAAAACAUCGAAGAACAGCAAAGCAUGGUGAGUAUGUUUGAAUACUGUGUUGGCACCACACCGUACAAUUGCCUUGUCAAAUCAUUCACCGCAGUCGGCCUAAACAGAUCAUUCGAAUGCAAUGACUGCAAGAUAGAGGCGGAUGGGAAGGUUUUUGUCAGAGUUCGUGCAACAAACACUGCAGGAUUGUCUGCUGUCUUUGUUUCUGAUGGCGUCAUUGUUGACCCAAGUUGUCCCGAAAUAGGCCACGUCUUUGAUGGAGAAAAGGCUGGAAGUCCAGACUUGGAAAAGGUCGAUCUUGAUUGGUUGCCUACCGUCACGUGGUAUGGUGCACGGGACAUUGAAAGUGGUGUUCAAAAGUGUGAAUGGAUCAUCGAAAAGCAGGAUGGUAAUAGAAUCGAAAUGGCUUAUGUACGGGCGCUUGGCCUAGCUAACAUAACGUAUGAUGUUCGGCAUACAGAGAGAAUAACUGUCCCAAUACAGUUGGUUAAAAAUGCCCGGUAUGUCAACGUAAUCCGCUGUUUGAAUAACGCUGGGAUAGUUAGCCACCAAUACUCCAAUGGUUGGUCGGUUGUUGGUGAAUGGCCCGCUACGUCAAAUGUUUACGAUGGACUAGGAUCACGUGAUUUGGCAUACGACGUCAUUGGUGAGAUUCUUGGUGCAUCAUGGGACGCGUUUUAUGGGGAUGCAAAUGACCCGAUCGUUGCAUACGAGUGGGCUGUAGGAACUUUGGGAUUACCUGAUGAUAUCGUGCAGUUCACUGAGGUUGGUUUGGAUACAAAGGCUUCUAGAUCACUGUCUACAAACGAGAUCAUUCUAGAUAUUGGGGUAAAGUAUUACGUCACUGUCCGCGCUACGACAUUGAGUGGGAGGACUAGUAAUAAAUCUUCAAACGGAUUUCUCGUUGAUACGACCCCACCGACUGCAGGUGUUGUUAAAGCGACGCACAGAAUUUUAAAACAGGCAACAAAUGAAGUAGAUUACACCCUAACUUGGAGUGGCUUUAGCGAUUUUGAAACAGGAAUGAAAAAGUUUGAAUUCUGUCUUGGCUAUUUUGAAAAUGUUUGCUCGACAGCUUUGACGAGCGCUGGCUUAAAUUUACAAGGAACAGUGCAAGGGUUCACCCCGGCUGAUCUAGCUACGCCAUUCUACGGAAUUGUCAUAGCAACCAACAAUGCUGGCCUGACAACAAUCGUCAGUUCGGAUGUGAUCAAAAUUGACUUCACCCCUCCCAUCGCCGGGACUGUCAUUGACGGAUCGGUCGAGGACCUGGACAACAUCGCGGUCGACACUGCACUGAUUAGCACAUGGUCUGCGUUUACUGAUCCAGAGACUGAUAUCGAGAGAUGUACGUUGACCGUCAUUGGUAAGAACGUCAAGAGUGAAUUCUCUCUUCUAAGAAUAGACGUCAACGCGAGUGGAUCUCUAACUCACAGAUUUACGACAGUCCCUGGACUAAAAUAUAUAACGACUAUAGAAUGCAGGAAUCCUGACGGCUUUAAAACCUCCGCAGAGUCAGAUGGCAUACUUUGCGAUGGGACUCCUCCGACAGUGGGCGGAAUAUACCACAUGACCAACCAAAACCACACUUCGGAAAGUCGUUACCAAUCCUCGACAAAUACCCUUGACUUGUACUGGGACCCAAGUCGCGAUCCAGAAAGUGGCGUCAAGGAGUAUUUGGUAGCUGUGGGUUCUGGGGCGUACCGCGACGACGUACGUGGGUUUGUUACGGUCGGCAUGGCAACUGAGGUAAAAAUCGCAAAUCUCACUAUGAGCUCUGGGUUCAUAUAUUACGUCACGUUGGAAGUAGUAAACAAUGCAGGCUUGAAGUCACGUGCUUCAUCCAGGGGUAUUGAAGUGGAUGCAACCUCACCAAUUAUAACUAAGGUUGAACUUCAACCGUCUUACACUGCGCGAGAGAUAAUGGGACCAGGCAACCACCUUAGCGGAAAAUGGAACACUUACGAUGGCGAAAGUGGUAUUGAUUUUACUGAGUAUUGCAUUGGUACAACGGACGCUGGUUGUCAAGUAGCAGACAUGAGACGUGUCCCCAGCAACAUUACAAGUGUCACAUGUUUUGAAUGCAAGAUAAAACACAACCAUACCUACUUCAUGACCGUACGAGUUUGGAACAGGGCGGGACUGUUCAGUUUGGCACACACAAAAGGGGUGACCGUAGAUUUAACCCCACCAACAUCUGGUGUGAUUUUCUUGACACCAUACUACAUGCCAUGUACUGAAACAUGUAACUUAAGUGCAACAUUUAGAGGGUUUGUUGAUGACGAAAGUGGAAUGCGAGAUUGCGAAUAUAGUGUAAAAACAUCCGAAGGAACAAGUGUGACACCAGCACAAGUUACAAACAGUAAAAAUAAUUUAUUGACUCCUAAUCUGAGACUCAAUCAUGGGGGAAAAUACAAGAUUGCAGUCAUUUGUACUAAUAUUCUUGGUGAAAAGAGCAAUGAAGUUGAAUCGCAUGAAGUAAUAGUUGAUAACAGCCCACCAGAGAAGGGAUUGGUUAUCAUCAGUCCGGAUCCAAACCACGACAUAUUACGUCAUCACACGGGAUGUCACUUCCUCAACACAACACUGCGCGUUUACUGGACGGGUUUCCAUGACGACGAUUCCGAUAUUGGUGCAUUCAGGGUUGCCAUUGGCCGAAAGCCACUGGGAGACGAUGUCCUGCCUUUUCGAAACUUCAACAUCGACUUUGAGGCCAAGUUUGAGUUAACUGAAGAUCAUGGUUUGUCCAAAGGUGACACGAUAUUCGCAACAGUAGAGGCAACAAACAAAGCAGGACAUACAACCAAAGUUUCGUCACCAGCCACCCGACUUCUAUCUGAUAAGGAUAGUACCUUACUUAACGAAGGAGAUUUUCAGUGUUUAAACGUUUGAAUGGAAUUAUAGCAAGUCGCAUUUAUGCCUUUUUUCUGUAGUUUUCAUAAUCAAAUACACCACAAGCAUGUUGGUUAAUCGUUGAUAAAUAUAAGUAAACUUUCUGUCCUAAUGCAUUUCAUAGUUAGGCUAGCUAAGAUAGGUUGACAUCUUAUAAAGAUAGUACCUCACUUAAUGCUGGAGAUUUUCAGUGUUUAAAUGUUUGAACGUUUUAAAGAAAUGAUAGUUUUCUUUUUGUUGUAGAGAAAGGGUAGUUUUCAUAGUAAGUAUUUCGAACAUAACAAAGACCAGACAUAUCGAUGAAAGAUGUUCCUAACUCUUCAUAUAGGGUACAGAUAUAAAUAAUUUUCUUGUCUCAAUGCCUUCCAUUGCAUGGUAAAUAAUACUAAACUAGAAAUAAAAUUCAUACAUCCAGUAAAAUUUUAUGCUGUCAUAUUUCCAGAAUGAAUAAUAUGAAUGCAUUAACCCGGAUAGAACCGUCUGAGAUUACUUUUGUAAGCAAUAUUAACGUGUGCAUAAUAAAUUUU